GAUUCAGUGCGAAUCCGCCAUUUGUAAACAGCGCCCCCCCCCACCCCAUCGGGUGCUGCUUGUCUGGCUAGGAGAGUGGGUCGGGCCUUGUUUCAGGAAGUGCUACAUUGAUAGAGCGGGAAUUUAACUCCAUGCUGCGCAGUUGAGCACUAGCAUGCUGCGUGUAUUCGAGUUGCUAAUUUAAAAGGAAGCUGCAGUGAAAUCAUUUGGGACGUAGCUCUUGACGUAAGGAAGGAAUUCGUAGAGGACUCCGUGUCCUUACUCUUCGGAGUUAUGAAAAUGUAUCGUGCAGUAAAUCGAUCCAAAUAUGCUGGAAAACAGUUGAUAACUGCUUCUCGUGGUUUUCUAGUUGCCUUCUAAGGGCACUUUGGCAGUUGUUCGAAACGAUCGAGUAUGAAAGCUCAGUAAUGUAAUUUUGAAUGCUGCUUAAUCUGUGAUUUGAGUUUUUGAUAAAACGCGAGCUGUAUUCUAAAUGUUUGGGCUUGAGCGUUGAGUCAGCACAAAUUGAAUGCACGGACUGAAGAUCAGGGCUUUGUUCUCGGACGCAUGCGCAAGACACGAGUGGUAUUCUUUCGCGGGAAGUAGAGUAGAUUGUGGAACUGGGGAGGGGCAGGAUUGGAAUGAACUUGCCCGGUUUUAUGCAUAGUCGUUAUAUUUGGUUCCGUGCGUAUUAUUCUCGUUGUAGGCGCAUAACUGAUGAAGUCUUAGAAUCGCGAGAGGUGGUUGUUGUUAAAGAGCAUGCGUGGAUAGCCCUGGAAAAAAAGGGGGGGGGUUGAACUCGGUAAGACGCGUGCGCUGUAUGGUUUAAGUACGCGCAUGCCCUUUCUGCUUUAUUCUCGGCCACGCCGCGCCAGACUUUAGAAACAGGUGAGCUGGGUGGGUGUUCUCUCAGUUUAGCGGCCGGUAAAUAUAGUCUUUUCUGAAGCAUCUGCGUUGAUCAGGCGUCCUACUCCAUAGCCGACUCGUUUCUGAGUUGCCAGCGGUGGCUGAGGCCUAUUCUUUGUGAGGCGGAGGCGGCGCCAGAGAUCGGCCGAGCGGAAGCGCAAACAACCGCUCGGCGCCAUUUCCUAACGCUCACCGCCGAUCGGCUUUCUGAGUUAGAGAGGUGAAGAAACCCUUAAAACCGCCUACGCUACGCCGGAGGAGAAUAUCCGUUUGCGAUGUCAACAGAAGGCGAAACUGAGACUACGCUCACUUCCAGUAUGAUGCUAAACACCGAAGGCGGAGAGGGUUAUGUCGUGAAAGUGCGUGGGCUGCCCUGGUCCUGCUCUGCGGAUGAGGUACAGAGAUUUUUUUCGGAAUGCAAAAUACUAAAUGGAUCUUCAGGGGUCCGUUUUAUCUACACAAGGGAAGGAAGACCAAGUGGAGAAGCAUUUGUUGAACUGGAAACCGAAGAAGAUGUGAAGCUAGCACUGAAAAAAGACAGAGAAACAAUGGGACACAGAUAUGUUGAAGUCUUCAAGUCAAACAACGUUGAAAUGGAUUGGGUUCUGAAGCAUACUGGUCCUAACAGCCCUGAUACUGCUAAUGAUGGUUUUGUACGGCUUAGAGGACUUCCAUUUGGUUGUAGCAAGGAAGAAAUUGUUCAAUUCUUCUCAGGGUUGGAAAUCGUGCCAAAUGGGAUAACAUUGCCGGUGGACUUCCAGGGGAGGAGUACGGGGGAGGCCUUCGUGCAGUUUGCUUCACAGGAAAUAGCUGAAAAGGCUCUAAAGAAACACAAGGAAAGAAUAGGGCACAGGUACAUUGAAAUCUUCAAGAGCAGCAGAGCAGAAGUGCGUACUCAUUAUGAUCCUCCCCGCAAACUAAUGGCCAUGCAGAGGCCAGGUCCUUAUGACCGGCCAGGCGUGGGAAGAGGCUAUAAUAGCCUUGGCCGAGGAAGUGGAUUUGAAAGAAUGAGGCGUGGUGCUUAUGGUGGAGGCUAUGGUGGCUAUGAUGACUACAAUGGGUAUAAUGAUGGCUAUGGCUUUGGAUCUGAUAGAUUUGGAAGAGAAUGGACUCUUCUCUCCACAGGAAUGUCAGACCAUAGGUAUGGCGAUGGAUCCUCCACUUUUCAAAGCACAACUGGUCACUGUGUACAUAUGAGAGGAUUACCAUACAGAGCUACAGAGAAUGACAUUUACAAUUUCUUUUCACCUUUGAAUCCUGUAAGAGUCCACAUUGAAAUUGGACCUGAUGGUCGAGUAACAGGGGAGGCAGAUGUUGAGUUUGCUACUCAUGAGGAUGCUGUUGCUGCAAUGUCUAAAGACAAAGCAAAUAUGCAACACAGAUAUGUAGAACUCUUCUUGAAUUCUACAGCUGGAGGAAGUGGUGGUGCAUAUGGCAGUCAGAUGAUGGGAGCAAUGGUCAAGGAGACAGAAGGUGUAGUUCAGGACUGGAACACUAACACGCUGGCAGGAAGCCAAUCCAGUUACGGUGGUCCAGCUAACCAACAGUUGAGUGGAGGUUAUGGAGGAGGCUACGGUGGUCAAAGCAGCAUGAGCGGAUAUGGUAACCAGAGUGCAAUGAACAGCAGCUACUAUAGUAGCGGCAAUCGGGCAUCCAUGGGAGUGAACGGCAUGGCUGGAAUGUCUAACAUGUCCAAUAUGAGUGGUGGUUGGGGAAUGUAAACCGGCCAUCUGACUUUUUGACAACUUUUUUUAAAAAACAAAAAACUAAGUUUAACAGUUUUGCAAUACAAGCUUGUGAUUUAUGCUUUACUUGUAAGUGAAUCAGGAUCAUUUUAAAACAUUCAGGUUCAGUAUUUUUUUGAAUCUACUGAAACAUUCAUCUAGAGUGUAACAGUCAAGUAAAGAAUUUCCUGUUAAACAAUUUUCAGAUUUUUUCCAGUUUUUGUUGUAGGAGUGUAUUUGAGCAGUAAGCAUAUUUAGGUUAAAACUAUUUCAAUUAUGUUAAGUGUUGCUCUUAUACCAUAUAACACCAAACUGUUUUCAGUGCAUGUUCAGGAACAUGCUUUUUGUACAAACAAGAUAUAGGAGCUGUGUUGGCAACUCUCAAAAGUGAACAUUUGGCAUGUUAGUUCUAGUUUUUUCUUUUAAUAUCUUGUAAGGCAUGUUUAAGCUUUUUAAGUUAAUGGGGAAAUGAGACGCAAUACAGCUACCUUUAGGAUUUUGGUCUUGGUGUUCGUACGAAAUCUGAGGCCUUGAUUUAAUCUUUCAUUGUAUUGUGAUUUACUUUUUGGUGUAUUUGCGCUAAGUGAAACUUGUUGAAAUAAAACAUCCUUUUUAAAACUGGAA